AUGACAAUCACUAUGGAUUUCAAUUCUAAAUACUCCCUCGAGACCGAGUUGCUUCGCGUUGAAGGCAACCAAGAUCAAUUCAAUGCUUCUUCGGUCCCUAUUUACCAAUCUGCUACUUUUAGGCAGCAUAGGUUAGACGAAAUGGGAAAGUUUGAUUAUACUCGUUCUGGUAAUCCCACCCGUACAGCCCUCCAAGUUCACUUGGCUAAGCUUAUGAAGGCUAAGCACUGCUUUGUCACUAGCAAUGGCAUGUCUGCCUUGGACAUGAUUCUUAAAACCUGCAAGACCGGAUCUCACAUCGUCGCUGGUGAUGACCUUUACGGUGGCUCUGAUCGUUUGCUCAACCUCAACAUUGCUAAUUAUGGAUUUCAUGUUUCCAAUGUGGAUACUAGGGAUCUCGCUGCUUUUGAGGCUGCUUUGAGACCCGACACUGCUCUCGUUUUAGUUGAAAGUCCAACAAAUCCUCUCAUCAAAGUUUGCGAUGCUCGUGCCAUCGUCAGAAUCGUCCGUGAAAAGGCAAAAAAUGCCGUGUUGGUAAUGGAUAAUACUAUGCUUUCUCCCAUCCUUUGCAAUCCCUUAGAUUUUGGUUAUGAUAUUGUUUAUGAGUCUGCUACAAAGUUUCUUUCCGGGCAUCACGAUAUAAUGGGAGGCGCUAUUGCAACUAGAAGUGAUGAAUUGGCUAAAUCUGUUUUCUUCAACAUCAAUGCUUGUGGUGCUGGUUUGGCUCCAUUUGAAAGUUUCCUUCUACUCCGUGGUAUCAAAACCAUGGGUAUUAGAGUCGAACGCGCUCAGCAAAACGCCAUCGAACUUGCCAAAUUUUUGAAAUCAAAGGGUCUAUCUGUCAACUUCCCUGGUUUGGACCCUAACUGUAAGUCUACUGCUAUCUUUAAUUCUUUUGCCCGUGGACCAGGAGCCGUUAUGUCUGUCCAUACUGGCAGCGUUGACUUUUCGAAAACUAUUGUUGAGAGUACUCAGCUUUUUGAAAUCUCCGUAUCAUUCGGUUCCGUUGAGUCUUUAAUUAGUAUGCCUGCUUACAUGAGUCACGCUUCCAUUAAAAAGGAGGUGCGUGAUCAACGCGGUUUACCUGAAGAUUUGAUCCGUAUCAGCGUCGGUAUCGAAAAUGUUGAGGAUUUGAAAGCCGAUCUAGAAAAUGCUAUCAACAUAGCCAAACUCCAGAAACUCUAA